UUAUUACGUCUCCAUAACAUCAUAAUACUUUACUUUAUUUGUCGUUUACUGUUUCAAUUUUUUAUUUUUACACAUUCUUCUCCCCUCCUCUCCUCUGGUCAAUCGAUCUGUUCACAUCAACUUUACUAUAUCUUCUCAUUUUUGGAUCAAUUUCUCCUUUCGCGCUUUGAAGUUGAUUUCUUGAAGAUGGGAGCGGAAAAGAACUUCAUUGACAUGGAGGAGGGAACUCUGGAGAUCGGGAUGGAGUAUAGAACUGUAUCAGGUGUUGCGGGACCAUUGGUCAUUCUUGACAAAGUUAAGGGUCCAAAGUAUCAGGAGAUUGUCAAUAUUCGGUUGGGGGAUGGAACAACUCGACGUGGUCAAGUCCUGGAAGUUGAUGGGGAGAAAGCAGUUGUGCAGGUCUUUGAAGGAACAUCUGGAAUUGACAACAAAUACACAACUGUGCAAUUUACAGGGGAGGUAUUGAAAACUCCUGUGUCGUUGGAUAUGCUAGGGCGCAUAUUUAAUGGCUCUGGAAAACCCAUUGACAAUGGCCCUCCUAUUUUACCUGAGGCAUACCUAGAUAUUUCUGGGAGCUCUAUUAAUCCUAGCGAGAGAACUUAUCCUGAAGAGAUGAUUCAGACAGGGAUUUCAACAAUUGAUGUCAUGAACUCUAUUGCUCGUGGACAGAAGAUUCCUCUUUUUUCUGCUGCUGGUCUUCCUCAUAAUGAAAUAGCUGCUCAAAUAUGUCGUCAGGCGGGUCUCGUAAAGCGGUUGGAAAAGUCUGAUAAUCUCCUUGAUGAUCUGGAAGAAGACAAUUUUGCCAUUGUGUUUGCUGCUAUGGGGGUGAACAUGGAGACAGCUCAAUUUUUUAAGAGAGACUUUGAGGAAAAUGGAUCUAUGGAGAGAGUUACACUUUUCUUGAACCUGGCCAAUGACCCCACAAUUGAACGAAUUAUCACACCAAGAAUUGCCCUCACAACUGCAGAGUAUUUGGCUUAUGAAUGUGGGAAACAUGUUCUGGUUAUAUUGACAGAUAUGAGUUCUUAUGCAGAUGCUCUACGUGAGGUAUCUGCUGCCCGUGAAGAAGUCCCCGGAAGGCGUGGUUAUCCUGGUUAUAUGUACACUGAUCUGGCGACAAUUUAUGAACGUGCAGGGCGUAUCGAAGGAAGAAAAGGUUCCAUCACCCAAAUUCCUAUUUUGACCAUGCCUAAUGAUGAUAUAACGCAUCCUACACCAGAUCUUACUGGCUAUAUUACCGAAGGGCAGAUAUACAUUGAUAGACAACUCCACAACCGACAGAUAUACCCACCAAUUAAUGUUCUUCCUUCACUCUCUCGAUUAAUGAAGAGUGCUAUUGGUGAGGGGAUGACUCGUAGAGAUCAUGCUGACGUGUCCAACCAGCUAUAUGCAAAUUAUGCUAUUGGAAAAGAUGUUCAAGCAAUGAAAGCUGUGGUUGGCGAGGAAGCACUUUCUUCUGAGGAUCUGCUUUAUCUGGAGUUCCUAGAUAAAUUUGAGAGAAAAUUCGUGACGCAAGGUGCUUAUGAUACUCGCAAUAUCUUCCAGUCACUUGAUUUAGCGUGGACUUUGCUUCGUAUCUUCCCACGUGAACUCCUCCACCGUAUACCAGCAAAGACCCUUGACCAGUAUUACAGCCGUGAUGCAACAAGAUAAGCUGAUGAAAGCUAGUCUACUCUUUGCUUAUCUACAUAUAUGUCAAUUUUCAUAUAAGUCACCUGUGGGUUGUUUUAUUUGCCAACGCUGCUUCAUGGCCUCGACCAGAAUCAAAUCUCAGUGGACGGUAUCUCUAUGAUUGCAUAUGUUACUUCGGGUUCCCGUUUCAUUAAAGUUCGGGGCAUGUGAUUAUUGUAGUAGUAAGUGUAAUUCUUUGUGUUGGGGAAGGCCAUUAUUUUGUGAUUCAAAACCAGCUGUUAAGAGUUGAAUUGCCAGGAAAGAGUCGGAAUAAGUUACAGGUUUUGUGUGUGUUAUGUAUUAAAGGUCUGGUGGCACCGUACUCUGCACUAGCUACUUAGCAAUUUCGGAUAUCGUUUUAGAUCUUA